AUGUUCAUCAACGCUCCUAUCUACGAAACUCGACCCGCUCGCACAGCCUGCUUCUUCCCCAGCCUGUUUUCGUCCUAUGUGCAGCGUAAUACUUUCCAUUUUGAUGCAAUUGUCGCUGCGUCCACGAUUCGAAGCACAGUCUCGGUCUUAACUGUCACAGACUCACUCGCCAAUGCCACAAGCAGACAGCCAUGGCAGCUAAUGCUCAAUCCACACAUCGGCACAUUGCUUGCAGCAGUUGCCGGGCACGCAAAGUCAAAUGUGACGGUGGCCGACCACAUUGUAAGCCUUGUGGUAACGGUCGCGCUCCUUGGGAAUGCAUCUAUCCAGCAGCAGCAAGAGGCGGUCGUCCGAAGCGCAAGCCAAGUAAGCAUCACGGAUUUGGCUUAUAGACAGCAUUUACUAACAGGAAGAGAAGGUUCCACAUCAGAUUCUACUACGUCGAACGAAUCUGAGGCAAAUACCUUGGACGUUACUCUCCUGGCUGUGGAUACGACUGUCACUGCGCCGGAUGAGACACUGACCUGUUGUGAUCUUGAUGUUGGCGAGCCGGACAUAGCUUUUGACAGCUACGUUCUAGAUGAUCACAGCACUUUUACGCACUCGAGUGCCUUCUACUCUGACGGUUUCAACAACUUGGACGGCUUGGACACCGAUGGUCACACCCUCCCGCCGAGCCAAGCCUGUGGCCAGGCUUUGGAUGAUGAGUUGAUGCCAGAGAUAUUGGCCAAUCCACCACCGUCUUCGAAUUCAAGCGCGACUACUGAGGAGCUGAAUUCGUUGGAAGAAGUACCGCCGCAUCUUGCCACUUUGCUCCUCGAAACAUUUUUUACCAUGUGUCGAAGCACAUUUCGACUUUUCGAAAGCUCGCAGGAGAUCUUGCACCUUUCUUCCAGCUCCCUCUCGCAUGAAGAAGCAGCACUACGAUAUGCCAUCUUGGCACACGCUGCUCCAACAUGCACCAAGUUUCUCGCCUGGGCAGCAGCCACGGAUGCAACUGCGGCUGCGCAGAAUUGCGCUCGGUACUUUUACUCAUUGGCAUGCGAGGAACGAAGCAAAUGCAACAUUGAUCCAAAGGUUUGCUUCGUGUCCUCUCUCAGGGCGCUGCAGGCAACUGUCCUAAUUGGCUUGUACGAGCUGCAGCAAGCGCAGUUUGGCUGCGCGUGGAUUACGACGAGUAAGGCGGACUGGCUUACGCAUGCCAUGCAGCUGCGCACACGUGACUUUGGCCAAAAGUUUAACCUCACUGGUCCAGAGAUGUUACAUCAGGCUCGAAGAGCACAGUGGGCUUCGAGCAGCUUAGCCUGCAUGCUUAUGAAGGGGGGUCGUAUGUGUGACUCUGUUGACGAGACUACAGCAUGGUUACCAGAAGUGACAGAGAGCAGUACUGUGCCGGAAGCUGGUAUUUGCAUCGAGGACGUUUUCCAAAAUGCCGCCCCUCGCCCAUUAACCGUUGAACAAGCGCUAUUGUCGGUUCAUUUAUUGACGUGGCACAUCGUCAAGCACUUCAAAAACACGAACACGACUAGUCCAGGCCCUAACAAAGUGCCGUAUAAUUUUUGGCUAAACCACCACCGGCUAGAGCAAACGCUUCUGUAUAUACGCAACUUUCUCAAGAAAGAUUCAAAGCCUGAACCAAGCGCAGAGUUCAUGCUAGACACGUACGUUAAGGCAUGGAGCAUUGCGUUACAAGAGGCGGUGCUAAGAAAGAGGGCUACCUCGCCUUCCACUCAUGAUGGUGCUGGUCAAGACCAGACUAUCGAGGCAACGCUUCUGCGGCAGACCCUGCGGCUCGCACAGACUCUUCAAUCAUGCGUUCUUCCAAGCGAUGCAGCAUCGCUCGUUAACAUAUCGUGGAUAAUACACACCGUGCUGCAGUCCUUGCAUCGGCGUAAGCGAUUGAGGUCUUCACUGGCCGCUUUCGACAUCUUGCCUGAUUGGAAUUCUUACUUGUAUUCCGACCAGCAAUAUGAAUUGUUACUAAGUCCUGACAGACCCGGCAGUGCAUCAGACAUGACAAAUAUUCUGCUCAUGGAUGCAUCAGACGCUCUUCAGUUCUUGCUGGCGAGCAUGGCAAAUGAGCUACCGAUUGCCAAGUUCUUCUUAAAAAAUCACGAGCGUGAGAGAAAUAGCAGCGAGGGUGACCUUGGCCGUGUGCUUAUCAGUCGUCAGAAAUUGUAA